AUGGGAGAAGAAAGUCAUCCCGGCUCUACGGGUUAUUCAUCUACUUCUAACAAGGUGCACGGGAUGUUGCAUCAUGUUCUUCACGGAAACAAGAGCUUUUCAGAAGUUUUUGAUGACUCAUGUUGGCCUUUUGAUCUGACGUGGGAAGAUCUGCAGGAGGUGUGCGCCUCCAUGCCGGAGGACGAGAUGGUGUACGCGUACUUCGACUCGGAGCUGGUCAUCCUGCCGGCCGCCGACCGCUACUGCUUCCUCACGGUGUUCGCCCUCGUCACAGCCUCCGCACUCGUCCUCAACGCUGCGGAGCUCCUCGCCGCCCCCAAGCAACGGGGCGAUGGUUAUCGCUGGAUGGUUGGCUCGUUGGCAGUCAGCGACUUCAUCAACGCCCUGCUCACCGGAGGCACUGCCAUCGCGAACCUCAGCACUCCGUACAUGAAGUGGGUGCUGGGCGCGGGCGUGUGCCGGUGCGCGCUGGGGCUGCAGAUG